GUUUCCGUUAUGGUUUUGAAGCAGCGUGAUGCGGAAGUGAGCAAACUACAACUGCUACAACAGCAAAAGCAUGUAAACAGCAGAGUUUUAAAGAAGCGGCUCUCUGGUAGCAGCUCAUGGCAGCAGAGGAAGCCGGAGGUGUCUGCCGGGCUCCGGUGUGUCUGUGUGUCCUCUGCGGGCUUCCUGCCGCAGGGAAGUCCUCGCUGGCCCGUCAGGUCCUCAGCACCGCUGCACGGAGCGGAUGGAGAGCCAGUGUUGUCCAGUAUGAUGACCUGAUACCCGGGCAGGCUUUCCAGACCAGAGGGCUGGAGGACGGCGGCAAAGAGACACACACUGAGUGGAAGUUACACCGACAAGCAGUUUUGCAGUGCAUUGAGCGGUUCCUGGAGAAAUCUUGUGUUUUGGCAGAGCUGCCGGACAGCUGUCAGAUCAACAUGGCUGCAUGGGAGCGAUGCAUUCAAGCUCUACCGCAGCCUGAAGCUUCGGACCGCUCACAGGCUGACCGGGCUCCACUUCUCUUUCUACUGGACGACAACUUCUACUAUCCAAGCAUGAGAUACGAAGUGUACCAACUGGCAAGAAAGUAUUCACUGGGUUUCUGCCAGGUGUAUCUGCAGUGUGAUUUGGAGUCCUGCAUCAGCAGAAACCAGAGCCGGUCUGAACCCGUUCCCACUGAGGUGAUACUGGAGAUGGUGAAGCGUUUGGAGUCUCCGAAUCCACAGAAGAACUCAUGGGAGACGAACAGCAUUUCACUCAACACCACAGACGAUUUGUCCAAAUGUGACAUCCAAAGGGUGAUGGAGUUUAUCUACUCUGCACUGAGCAACCCGCUGAGCCCGGCUGAAGACAACACUGAACAAAAGGAGGCGGACCGGCUGAAAUGUGCCACUAGUGUGGUUCACCAGACUGACCAGGCCUGUCGACGCCACAUAUCUGAAGCCAUGAAGACCGCCAGAGAGAAUCGAGUCCCCCCCGAGCACAUGAGGUCUUUGGCCGCUCAGCUGAAUGAAUCCAAAGCAGCAUUUCUUCACAACUUGCGGAGGGAGCUGCUCCAGGAAGUGCCUUUCGCUCAGGAGGAGGACAUCGACGUGGAACGCGUGGUGAAAAGAGCAGUAGACGUUUUUGAUCACGAGACAAUGGAAAUCCUGUUUAGAAUCAUGAAUGAAAAUAAAUGACCUGAAUCUUUUUCUUGACUUUUCACAAAGGCAGAUUUUAAUUGCAUCACAAGAGAAUGCGUGACACUCUGUACAUAAUUAAAUGUACUUUUGCUGGUCAUUGUGGCAUUAAGUGAAACAAAGAAAAUGUAAGUAUCCUAUUAUUUUAUCUUUAAUAAAAAAGCUUUUUUUUUUAAAAGCCAAACUUUCAUCAAAAGUUAUUUUAA